AUGAAUUCUAAACAAAGCAGUUCAAGGUUUCUUUACUUUCCACUGUUUGUGAGCGUUGCUAUUAUAGCAUGCAUCAAGCAUGAUUUCGCCGAGGCAAAGACUUAUCACAAUAAGGUUGUGACGACUCAUCAAGUUUCGAGGGCGCUCACAACAUCGCAUGAAGAAAGAGUUGGGCCUUUUCGUACUGAGGCUCAACAAGGAUGGUUAACACAUCUCUAUAGAAACAUUUUGGAGAUGUUUGCCCCAACAUCGUUGGUUAAACUGGAAAAUCCAACUUUGAGCUUGAAACACGCGAAAUAUCCAGAGGUGAUCGCUGGCAAUCUCUUUGAAGAAUAUCAUGUGGACACUGUGUUGGGUAAUUUCUUUGUAAGCGAGCCUUUCACGCAUUGGUCUGGCGUCAUUACUACAGCUUUUAAAGACAAACCCGAAGAGGGAUACAGAAUAGUGCUCAAAAUAUUGGAACAGCACGAUUCGGAGAAUCUGAUCAAGUUCAUUGCUGAAACGAAGACUUCCAUGGGUUCCACAACAAUGAUAAAAGGGAUCGAGAGAGCGAUGAUUAAUGAAUGUGUUCAAGACAUGAAUAUCAAUGACAAAUUGGUGAAUUUGUACGAGUACGAAAUCAUUCAGGAAUUGUAUCGCAUUUCAAGAGAAACUUUCGUUGUACAACUUCAAACCAAACUAGAUAAGACUCCGGCCCUUCGCAAACAAGUUGAUCGCGCCGUCGCGGAGGCUGAAACGCUAGGAGGUUACACAAAGUCUAUCGCCGAGGACGUGCAGUCCAUAUUUGCUGCUGAAACUUUGAUUGGAGACACAGAACGGAUUGAUCCUGACAAACUAGUUCUUAGUGCAAGCCUUCCAGCUUGGCUAGCUGUCUUGAAAGAAAAAGGAUUUGAGCCCAUGGCGGUGCUCACUGCGAGGCUCAAAGAUUCAAGCUACAAAGGGGUGCUCGCUCUUUGCAGGACGAAUAAACUUUCAUUUUUUGUCCGCUCAAAGCUCGAGAAUUUCGUGAGUGAAGACCUUUUUGAAUCGGAAAAUUUUCGUCAGUGGUGCAUUUUUAUGGUGAUCAAAACUGGUGAACAUUAUCCAGAAGUACAAAACGCAUUGAGUAGCAUCUGUAAAGAUCAAUGCUACAAUGACAUUGGGAUCGCAUUUCAGCGAGUGGUGUUCACUUACCACAAAGCACUUGAUUUGAAUAACGAGAUUUAUGAUUCUACACGCACUUUGAACCGUGCCUCAACAAACACGCCAGAAAUAUUUUCUGUCGGCGCGACGCCUGGUGAGAACCCUCUUCCGUCACCUGGUGACGAACAUCAUGUCAUCCAUUAG